AUGUCCCAGAACGCAGAAGCCCAGGCGUUCCUCGCGCGCGUCGCCAGCCUCCCCAGCGGGCCCGGCGUCUCCCUCGAUGCCGUCCUCCAGCCCUCGCUCGACGACGAGUCCGCACUGCGCAAGCUCUUCGCAACCGACAAGGCCCAUCCGCGCCUCGCCGACAUCCACGUCGGCCUCGUAGACGUCUUCGCCGCCCCCGCCGCCGCGCGCACCACCCGCGCCCGCGUCGUCCCCGAUGACGCCGCCCUCGCCGCGAACUACGUCCUCCCGCUCUCCGACGCGCGCAGGCGCAAGGAGGGCGCGCCGGCCACCGUCCCCGACCUCGACGCGUUCAAGAAGAGCUGGCGCCUCUUCACGGAGGGGUCGCUCUCCCAGCUCACAGACUGGAACAACGUCGUCGCCGCCGGGGGCUCCGUCCUCGCGUGCUUGUCGCCCCUCCCCGACGCGGCCAAGGCGACCAAGCGGACGAUGAGGAAGUAUUUCCACGAGGCCGCUUACCCUUCUUCAGACGUCGACUUGUUUUUGUGGGGGCUGACUCCCGAGCAGGCGGAGCGCAAGAUCGUCGCUAUCUACGAUGCGGUGCGCGACUCUGUGCCCUGGGACGUCACCUGCGUCCGCACCAAACACACCGUCUCCAUCCACUCCCAAUACCCCUACCGCUGCAUCCAGAUCGUCCUCCGUCUAUACCGCUCCCCCGCCGAGAUCCUCGCCGGCUUCGACGUCGACGCGCCCUGCUGCGCAUACGACGGCGCCCGCGUCUGGGCGAGCCCGCGCGCGCUCGUGGCCAUGAUGCGGCAGUGCAACACCGUCGACGUCGCGCGCCGCUCGCCCUCGUACGAGGCCCGCCUCGCGAAAUACGCAGCGCGCGACUUCGAGGUGCGCGUCCCCGCCCUCCGGCGCGCGGACGUCGACCCGACGAUCUUCGAGCGCGCGAUCACGCGCGUCCAGGGCCUCGCGCGCCUCCUCGUCCUCGAGAAGCUCGCGAGCCCCGACGCGCGCGCGCAGUACGUCGCCGAGCGCGGCGCCCUCCGCGCGCGCCCCGCCGCGAGCAUGUACCGCCCCUCGCGCCGCGCGCGCCAGUACAAGGGCGACCUCAAGGCGAACGUCGUGGGAAGCGGCGGGCUGGAGAUGAACGACUACGACACGGUGUCGCUGCACGUGCCGUAUGGGCCUGGGUGGGACGCGCGGCGGAUCGAGAAGCUCGUGUUCAAGACCGACCUCGGGAUCAACUCGCCGUUCAACCCGAAGAACGAGGGCCGCAGGCUGCACCGCCAUCCCGCGUACUUCGGCACCAUGGAAGAAUGCCUCGACGACUGCUGCGGGCACUGUCCGGAGCCGCGCGGCGAGAAGGAGCGCGAGCUGCGCGACGAGGAAGACAAAUCGUACAUCCGCGGACGCGUCGCGUUCAUCGCCGAGGACCCAGGCCGGCAGACCCUCUCGGGCAGCUUCAACCCGAUCGACGCCGGCGAAUGGAGCGAACAAGCCUACAUCCUCCCCACCGCGCGCCUCUUCUCCGCCAUCGCCGCGCGCGACCGCCCCGCCGUCCACGCGCUCCUCGCCGCGGGCGCGCACGAGGACGUGAACCGCCGCGACCACGUUGGGCGUACGGCGCUGCACGUCGCGAUCUUCGCGGACGCGGCGGACGUGGCGUGUGACCUGGUCGACGCGGGCGCGCGCAUGUCUGCGCGCUUGGUGGGGGGGUGCUCGGCGCUGCAUUUGGCGGCGCAGCGGGGGAUGGCGGGCGUGGUGCGGAAGAUGCUGGAGCGCAGCGCGUUGAAUGAGGAGAAGGACGAGGCGGAGAAGGCGGCGAGGAAGGCGGCGGAAGAGGUGGAGGAGGAGGGGAAGGUGGCGGAUGCGGAUCCCGAGAGGCCGAGCGACGAGGACGACUGGUCGUCGGAAGAGGCGGAGGACGAGGAUGGCGAGGAAGACGACGACGACGAUGGGGGCCGCAAGAAGCGCAAGCGCACCAAGGCCCGCAAGACCGAGGACGACGCACCCGCUGCGGACGCGGAUGCCGACGCCCUCGAGGACAGCGCCGACGAGCCCGACAUCCUCGACCUCUCCGCGCCCGACUGGGACUUUGGGCUCACCCCGCUCGCGUACGCGAUUAUCGCCGGCGCGCCCGCCGUUGUCGACGUCCUCCUCGCCGCAGGCGCGGACCCGAAGCUGCCCACCAAAGCGACCCACGCGCGGCCCGCGCUGCACCCGCUCAUGCUCACGACGCUCGCGCGCGACGAGGCGCGCGGCGCGCAGAUCGCCGCACGGCUGCUGGCCGCGGGUGCCUCCUCGUCGGUCGCAGACGAGAACCUGCUCACGCUGUUCCACAGGAUCGUGCUCGCGGGCACCACGCACGUCGCCGCCUCCGUGCUGCGCCACGACGCGAACGCAAAGGCGGUCGUCGGCUUCCCCGCGUGGGCCACGAACGUGCUCGUGUAUCCGUUCGUGUCGGCGGUCGCCAAGGGCGACUACGCGAUGCUCGCCGUGCUGCUGGCGUACGGGAGCACGCUGACGAUCACGCCCGAGGACGUCGAGCGGGCGGAGGAGAAGUCGAACACUCGGUGGAGGAUUUUUCCGAGGAGCUUCGAAUCCAAGGUCCGCUUCCCGCUGGAGGUCGCGACGGCCGCGCGCGACGAGGUUGUCCACCUCCUCGCCGCCCUCGGCGCGGACGUCAACAUCGUCACGGGCUUGUCCGCCUUGCUGUCGCAAAACCAUCCCGAGCGGCUCGACCUCCUCGCGUGGACCACCAGGGCCCUGGCGUACUACGACGCCGCGCUGGCCAAGAUAGAGGACGACAAGAAGUCCCAAGGAGCCAGCGUCGCCCCGGAGGCCCCUGCGGAGGACACGUGGAGCGCAUACCGCGCGUACGUCACGAAGAUGCAGCUGUUCUUGGCCAAGCCUGGCGUGCACGCGCAACAGAAUCAAGGGAUGGACGACCCGGGCCUUGUCGGCGCCGCCAAGGCGUACCUCGAAGACGUCAAGACGACCCUUAUCAAGCAUGGCGCGACCCUGCCCCCCGACGACGCUUCGGGCUCCAAGCAGGCUGCCGUCGGGGAUGCGUCGGGCGGUCUCCUGCGCGCGCAGAUGAAUCAGCAGCGGUCGGGCUAUGAUCGCCAUACCCAGUUCACCACCGAGCCAGUGCCGCUGCACCUCAAGGCGCAAUACGACGAGCUGUUCGAGGCGUGCUGGACCGGGGACAACGCGCGCAUCGAGGAGCUGUGUUUGCCGAGGCGCGUGCCCGGCGGGUCUGAGCCCCCCAUUCAUAUCUCGGUCCAUGCGUCAAUCCCGCCCAGUCUAGACCACACACCGUUGCAUGUGGCGCUGUACAGGCGUCAUUGGGACACCGCGCGGCUGGUGCUCGCCAUCGCGAGUGCGCAGUACCAGCCCGACAAACCUGAUCUCUCGCUGAGCGAUCCCAACUGCCUUUGGCCUGUCGACGGUUCGGACUCUGAUGGCGACUCGGACGUGGAAAUGGACGACGACGCCGCGGACCCGGAGAUCAACUUUACGGACAUUGCGGAACGCCCCUCUGCGGUCCAUUGCCAGGUCGCCCCGACGCGGAUGCUCCAGCAGGCCAACAACUGGAUCUCCAAAAACGGAAAGAAGCUCGAGUUCGGGUCCCCUAUAGAGAAGACGAUCAUCCAGGACGACAUGGAAGGGUUCGUGCAGAUGUGCAACCUUUACAAUUUGGUAGGACACGAUCUGUUGGCUGAUGACCUCGUGCCCACGAUCAUGUCGAACGACCGACCUGAGAUGCUCGACGAGAUGAUCCGCCGCACCGGGUGCGGCAUCACUGCCGUCCUCGACGCUCAGCUCAAGGCGGACCCGGCCGCGCCUGCUGCGAAGGACACCGAGGAAACGAUCUACCUCGGUCUGAACGUUGGCGGUAAGAAGAGGCGGGACCUCGUCACUCGGGGCAUGCCUCAGAAGAAUGCCUCGCGCUCGCCCGAGCUGUUAAUUGAGGCCGCCAAGGCCGGUGCGCUCAACGUGUUGGACUACCUGUCUGGUCCACGCGCCCUGGCCGCCUACAGGUUCUACGCGGCAUCAAACAGCAGCGAACGCGCUCUCUAUCUCCGCCGUGAGCAGGAUCUAGCGGGUGUUCUCCCCAAGUGGCUUGGGUGGCAGCUGAACCCGUUGAACGAAUCUUGUCUGACGGCGGCGAUCAUCACCAACAAGCUCGAGUUCAUCAAAAGGCUGUUCGAUCUUGAGCCGGACCUGAUGAUGGAGGCCAUGAAUGCUCGGAUCAAGUUCGUUGGCUUUAACGCCCUGCUCCUCGCGGCGCAUGUGUCCUGCGAUACGGCCAUCUUCGAUUUCUUCCUUGAAAAGGGUUGCGAUCCCACAGAGCGCGAUAAUAGAGGAUGCAAUAUCUACCAUGUCGCUUGUGCCUCCACGUCUCACAAUCGUCGCAAGUUCCUCGACCAUAUCAUGAAGACACUACCUGCGGAGCAGACGCACGAGCUAUUGGCUCAGCAAUCCAAGGAUUCCGAAGACACACCUGCGAUGGUGGCCACCAAGAAGGGGUGGUUCGUAAGCCUGCGCGCAAUGCUCGAAUGGGGCAUGCGGCCUUCAACUCUGCUCGUCAAGGACGAAAAAGGCUCGACGCCCUUGCAUGUGGCGGCUAACCAAUAUGACGCUUCACUGACAAAAGUCAUCCUCCUACACAUCCCUCCUGAGGGGCUCUACAUAGAGAAUGGUGUCGGACAGACACCGCUUGACAUCAUCACUCAACGGUAUCUCACGAUGCGCACGGGCAAUGGGAACAGCAACAUUAUGCCUCGAAUGGACGACCUGUCUCGCAACAUCACAGGACUCGGCCGUCCUCCGCCCCCACUGGCUCAGCAGGAGGCGCGAGUUCAGAAGCUAAGGACUAUGCUGAACGUUCUUCUGGAGGACGGGAAGCUCGUGCGGACCACGAAGCUAGCCAACGAGCUCCUUGCGUUCGCAGACAGGAUGGAGAGCAAGCUCGCCGCUGCGCGCUCUGCCGCGAAACCCAAGACUGUCGUGGACGGCCCUGAGCUCGACCCCUCUAUGCCCAUAGCUGACUUGGACGCUACAUACGCCGCCAUCCUCGAUGCGGUCGCUGCCGUGCCCGGUAAACGGCAGCUUGUGCACCUCCUGGACGUCCAAAAGUCCGUCAAAGUGCAGCUACGAUCGUACCAGCCCGCGGUUGACAUUGGGCACGCGUUUGAGCAGAAGAUGAAGGAGAGCGACGGGUUCGAGAUCGCGAUCGUCAAUCACAGUGAGAGCUCGAUGCCGACCAGCCAGUUGCGCAACCUGAACGCGCGGCUUCCAUUCCACAACUAUCAGAGGGCCGAUAAUAUCUUCACCUCUGAAGCGUAGUAGCCGCAUGCCAUGUUAGUAGCGGAUUUCAAUUACUAAGUCACUGUCUGUCUCUGUAUGCCGAUUUACUCUAGUCCCAAUUCAUCCGUUUGAUC